CCGUUGAAUCUGUCGAUGUCAUGGUGUGUUCCAUAGGAAUUUCGGUUAACGAAGUCGAUUGUUGGUAAAAUAUAUACCACGAAUACCGUGAAAAGUAUCUAAGGCGAUCAUUUUUCAUUUUUCAAAAAAGCAAGUCGUGAACUUGGAGAAUAACCUUUGAAAAUAUUAUAUAUUAUAUAACUCAAAAAUGGAUUUCGUCUAAUGUUAUACUUCUAAAUGAACGUUAGAACUCUCGUACUAAAAACGUGACACAUUAAGAACAUAUUUGUUCAAAGCUAUCAUGACUUAUCAUUGACCAAUCGGGAAUGCAACAUAUGUUUCGUCACUAAGUUCACUGAUUAAUAUCGUCAUAUGACCCCUAUAAAUUAACAACAAAGAAUUACAAAAUUUCCAUGCAAACGAUUUAUAAAGCAGCCGACGGACGAAACCUAAGCUUGUUUUUAGUCGGAUUUUUACUCUUGAACGAGCAACAGAGCGUUACAUUACAUUCGUGAAACAGAGAUAAAUAUGGAGUGUCUAUUGUUCGAUCCAUUAAGCAAAACGCUUACUUUUAAAAAAACUUCAAUUCCGAUACCAAAAUCCGACGAAGUUCGAAUAAAAGUCGCAUACUCAGGAAUUUGUGGAACGGAUUUGCAUAUCUUGGAAGGUGCAUUUACAUGCAAAAAUGAUGGUCCUUUUGUUCUUGGACAUGAAUUUUGUGGUACAAUCGAUGAAAUUGGAAAUGAAGUGACUAAUUUUAAAAUUGGUCAAAGAGUUACGGUAGAUCCUAACAGUGGAUGUCAUAAGUGUAACGAUUGUCAUGUUGGAAAUUAUCAUUAUUGUCAAUAUGGCGGAUUAAGAAACACUAUUGGUAUUUAUAGAAAUGGUGGUUGGGCGACUCAUGUUCUUGUUCCAGAAUCUCAGAUACACUUAAUACCCGAUAAAGUCCAAAUGCAUCAGGCUGCACUUACAGAACCAUUAUCUUGUUUGGCCCAUGGUUUGAAAAGAAUUGGUACAAUACAUGUAGGACAUCAAGUACUGAUUAUUGGCGCAGGUAUCAUUGGUCUUUUUUGGUCUUGUUUAUUACAUCUACGUGGAUUACGAAAUACAGUAACAAUUAGCGAACUUCAAGAAAAAAGAAGAAAGAUAGCUUCAAAACUUGAUUUAAACUACAAGUUAAAAGAACCUAAUCAACUUAAAAAUGAUGAGUUUGAUUUAAUAAUAGACUGUAGUGGUUCUGGUCCUGCUAUGGAAACAGCUAUACAAUUGUUAAAACCUGGUGGUUGUCUCUGCAUUUUUGGUGUAGCUAAUCCUAAAGUAAAAAUGUCCAUCGAACCAUAUAAAAUAUUCAAAAAGGAACUGAGUAUUGUGGGUGUGAAUAUAAAUCCUCACACAUUUCCUAGAUCAUUAUGUCUUUUGGAAGCUAUGGCAGAUCAAUAUUUGGAUUAUGAUAAAUUAGGUAUUAAAGUUUAUAGUCUUUCUCAAUAUCGUGAAGCUUUGGAAGAACUAAAAAAAGGUAAUAUUAGUAAAGCUGUAUUCAAAUUAUAAUUGUUAUAUAUAGUUCAUUAGUCAAUUUAGAAAAAGAUGAUAUUAUAUGUAAAAUUAUUUACAUUAUGCUAGAAUUAAUUAUUUGCCCUACAAAUUUUAUCCUAAUUACAUUUUUUAUAUUCACUUAUUUUAUGCUCAUUUCCUGUUUGCUUUAGAAGCAUUACAAAGAAGUUAUAUUAUUAAAGCUGUAUUCAAAUUGUGAUUCAUAUAUAUAUAUAUUUAUAUAUAAAGCAAAAAUAACCUUAAAAUUUAUUCUCAUUAUGGCUGUUCAUCAUCCUUAAUUUUAUAAUAAUUUAUGUCAAGAUUGAGUACAACCGUAAUUCUUGACCGAUUUCAACAAAGAAAGUCUAAUUUUGAAGAUGAAGAUUUGAGAGAGGAUAUGACUUUUACCAAUUUUUGAAAGAGCUUUUUCUUAAAAAAAAAAAAAAACAAAAGAAAAAAAAAGAAAAAAAAUCCUAUCAAAUAAUAAUGUUUUUUCGAGAAUAGUUUAUACAUAAAAAUAAAGCUUUUUCAAAGAUUCGGAAAAGCUAUAUUCUCAUUUAAAUCUUUAUUUUUCAAAUGAGACAAUUAUCAAAAUCUGUCAAGAAUUACGCCUGUACACUGUUACCAUAACGAUGUUACCAACAGUUCUCUUGUAAAAAAAAAAUGUUGUGUAUAGUGGCGCCUCUUGAAUUUUGCGGCAAAAGAGAAGCUCCUAUCCCCACUACUGAUUUUCAAAUUUUGAGAGAUGUUUGUUUCGUGAAGUAGACAAUUGCCUGAUUACUUGUGUGUGUGAACCUAUGUUCAGAUUUUCUGAUCCAUUUCAAACGCAAGAAAUUGUGAUUGUUCGCAAGGAGAAAUUAAUGUUAAAUCAUUCAUGUAUUUUAAUGAGCUUUCGACAAAUGGAUUUUAUGAUAAAAAUAAGGAACAUGAAUUUCCUUAUUUUUGUCAUAGAAUCAUCUGUCCAAAGAGUAAUCAAGUAAACUUCUCUCUAUUCAAACAUUUUCAAUUCAAACAUUAUGACUUUAUGUUUGGUAAUGAUUCAGAAAAUCUGAGCAUCAGCUAUUUAUUUAAAAAAAAAGAAAAAAAAACUUUUUCAAAAGUUCGAAAAAACAGGGUCUUAAACUUUCUAAUUUAAAAUGUGACCUUGUUCAUUAAAAUCAGUCAAGAAUUAUGCCUGUUCUUAUUGUUGACGUAAACUAUUAAUUAAAAGCAGGAGCGAUGAACAAUCUUAAAUAAAAAUAAUUUUUUAAAUCGAAUUAUGUAUCAUCAAUAUAUGGUUUCUUGUUUUUAUCAAAUGUGACCAUUUGACCAUUUUUACUACAUAUAAAUAUUUUUGUUAUGUAUAAAAAAUUUAUAACCUAUAAGCUUAUACAUUAUAACCUAUAAACUUAUACGAAAGCUUAUACAUCGAUGCAAUAGUAGGGACAUUAUUUCCUUAUGGCACUUACAAUUCAUAUUUUGCUGCUAAAUAUCUGUUGUUAAAGUCAUAUACGUUAAGAGUGAAAAGUGGUGAAUAGCCUUAAACUAGCGAUAGUUAUACGUCCAAACUUCAUUUUUUAUAUUCGUAUAUUUUAUACUCGCUUCCCGCUAAUUCUAACCGUCAUUGUACAGUGAUACCAAAUUAAAAAUAAAUAGAUCCAUAUAUCGAAUAUAA